AUGUCCGGGUACUGGAUCGCCAACCUGUCGCUGCUCAUGCGGCUGGGCAAUCUGGAGACGCUGCAUGUGCGGCGCAGUCUGCUGCUAUCGGGGUUAGCCUCGCUCGUCUACGGCUGCAUGCACGCCGUGCUGCCCACACUGCGCGACGACGCGUCCGCGGCAUACAAGGUCACGGCGGCGCUGGUGCUGGUGAUGCAGGCCACGCCGCCGCUCAUCAUCCUCGUCAACUUGCGCGGCAUUAAGCGUUCAAUGCUCAACGCGUCCGUGCAGGGCCGCAACGUCAUCCGCAGGUGCACGGGUUGCUACGUGUGCGCGGCAGUGUUCACGCUUCCCUUCACGCUCGUGUUCGUCCUCAGGACCGUGGGGGCCGUGGCGGAGACGACGAACUACCUGCUGCUCAUUGCCAGCGCGCUGCUCUACGGCACGAUUCUGAGCUGCAAUUGCUACUGUACGACGACGGAGACGACGGUACAGCCCCCGCAGGAGAUCAAUGUCGUCGACGACGACACCACGUCGUCAUCUGUCGACGGAUCGCCUGAAGUGCUGACAGAUGGAGCCGCGAUGCCCGGCAGCACGGCUUAUAUUGGCCUCGCUUCCGGCAGCGUGCUUGGGAUCAGGGGCGGACUGCUGGCUGGAGAUUUCAUCGCCGGAAUGGUAACACAGAGCCUCGCCGUGAAGAUCGGAGAAGGCUCCAGUGCAAUGGUGUAG